GCGUGUUGAUUAACACGCAUGUACGCCCUCUGCCCCGCACGUGGACACUGAUAUACAAACACUCAUCAACUCCAACCGCGUUUUCCAACCUAUAUAGAUACUUGAAAAUCAUUUCUUAAUUCUCAUCACUCUAAAUAAAAUAAAAUAAAAAAUGGAUUUCAUGGACAAGGCGAAGAAUUUCGUGACGGAUACUGUGGCCAACAUAAAGAAGCCAGAGGCAUCCAUAACGGACGUCGAUCUAAAAGACGUCGGCCGUGACGGAAUAUCCUAUCUGGCAGUACUCUCCGUCUUCAAUCCCUACGGCGUUUCAAUCCCCGUCGGCGAGAUUAAAUACACCCUCAAAAGCGCCAACAGGGUAAUCGGAUCGGGUACGAUUCCGGAUCCGGGUUCGUUGAAGGGGAACGAGAAGACGGUGCUGGAAGUGGGGAUGAAGGUAGCGCACAGUGUGUUGAUGAGUUUGAUGAAGGAUAUCGGUGCAGAUUGGGACAUUGAUUAUUGCCUGGAAAUAGGUAUCGUCGUUGAUCUUCCCGUUGUCGGAAAUUUCACCAUUCCCCUUUCUCAUAACGGUGAGAUGAAGCUCCCUAAUCUUAAAGAAAUGCUUUGCUGAAACGAUUGCAAAACCUAGUUCAGAAGAAACACUAGUGCUAGCUUUGUGUUGAUGAACUGCUUGCUUGGUAAGUACAGUAGUAUGUGUUUUUGUACUAUAACUUGAGAUGUAAUAAAAUGUAGAGAAUUUAGUGGUUUUGACUUGUUGGUA